UCUCGUACUUGUGUUUCCGACAGAGAGAGACAAAUCAAAUGAACAAAUCAAAGAAGCUGGUGGCUUCAAUCUCCACCCUUUUAAUAAGACGAAGAAUCUCUCAUCCUUCUUCUUCUACUCUCCGAUGCAAUCCACUCGCAGCGAUUUCGACUAAUCCACAAACCGACUUGAAUCCGGUUAAAACCUUGGCGGUUUCCAUCAGGAGACUCCAAUUUUCCGGGAGAGCUUUCUCCUCUGAAUCUUCCGACAAGAGAAUCUCCUCCGUGUGCUGGAACUGUGGUUUCUCUUCGGACAAAGCUGCGUUUUUGUUCUGUGACUCGUGCCGCAGCAUUCAACCCGUUGAUGAUUCCGUCAACUACUUUCAAAUCUUUGGCCUGGAGAAUAAGUAUGAGUUAGAAGGUGGAAGCCUUGAAGGGAAGUACAAAGACUGGCAGAAGAAGCUGCAUCCUGAUUUAGUUCAUAACAAAUCUCAGAAAGAAAGAGAUUACGCAGCUGAUCAGUCUGCAAAAGUGACUGAAGCAUGCAGGACACUAACCAAGCGGCUCUCAAGAGCAAUGUAUAUCAUGAAGCUGAAUGGCAAAAAUAUUAAUGAAGAAGAAACAGUAACAGAUCCAACGUUGUUAAUGGAGAUGAUGGAACUCAGAGAGGCCAUAGCAGAAGCAGAUGAUUCAAAAGAGUUAAACCAAAUCCAAUCCCAGGUACAAGAGAACCUGAAGCAAUGGUCUGAUUCUUUUGCCGACAACUUUGAAAGCCAGAGGUUUGAUGAAGCUGUAAAAUGUAUUCGGAGAAUGACUUAUUACGAGAAAGCUUGUGAAGAGAUUGUGAAGAAGCUAUGAGGAAAGCAGCCCUCUCUUGAACCAUUCUUUUGUUCGUUUUCUUAAAGGCCUCAGUCACAUUUGAAGGGAAACACAUCAUGAUAACUAAAGUACCUUUGCUUCAUGAUUUGAUUUACUUAUAAUAUUUAACUGAAGACGUUGUAAUAAAGAACAUGGACAGAUACCUUUCGCUGUGCUAGUUAAGUAGACUUCUGUA